AUGAAGCUCACCGUUAAGACUCUCAAGGGUAGUCAUUUCGAAAUUAGGGUUCUACCCUCCGAGACGAUAAUGGCGGUGAAGAAGAAUAUAGAGGAUUCGCAAGGCAAAGACAAUUAUCCAUGUGGGCAGCAAUUGUUGAUUCACAAUGGAAAAGUUUUGAAAGAUGAAACUACGUUAGUGGAGAACAAAGUUACUGAAGAAGGUUUUCUUGUCGUCAUGCUUAGCAAGAGCAAAAGUGGUGGUUCAGCUGCUCAGUCGUCGGCUCAGCCUGCUUCCGCUACUACAUCUACCACAUCUUCAACUAAGCCUGAAGCUCCAUCGACAACACAAUCUACAGCUGUGCCUGCUUCACCUAUUCCUGCUCAAGAACAACCGGCGGCACAGACUGACACAUAUGGACACGCUGCUUCUACGUUGGUUAGUGGCAGCACUCUUGAGCAAAUGGUGCAGCAGUUAAUGGAUAUGGGAGGCGGAAGCUGGGACAAAGAAACAGUUACUCGUGCACUUCGUGCAGCUUAUAACAAUCCUGAGAGAGCAGUGGAUUAUCUCUACUCUGGAAUUCCGGAAACUGCUGAAGUAGCUGUAGCAGUACCUGGGGCUCAGUUGGCAGGAUCUGGUGCAGCCCCUGUCGCACCCGCAUCUGGAGGACCUAACUCAUCUCCUUUGGAUUUAUUCCCUCAGGAAACAGUUGCUGCUGCUGGCACUGGUGAUCUUGGGACGCUUGACUUUCUUAGAAACAAUGAUCAGUUCCAACAAUUACGCACCAUGGUCCAUUCCAACCCUCAAAUUCUCCAGCCCAUGCUUCAAGAACUCGGAAAGCAAAACCCUCAACUUCUGAGGCUAAUUCAAGAGAACCAGGCAGAGUUUCUUCAGUUAGUAAAUGAGCCCUAUGAGGGAUCUGACGGGGAUGCAGACAUGUUCGAUCAGCCAGAGCAAGAAAUGCCACACGCCAUUAACGUUACCCCAGCAGAGCAAGAAGCGAUCCAACGGCUGGAGGCAAUGGGAUUUGAUAGAGCCUUAGUGAUAGAAGCCUUCCUCGCUUGUGACCGUAACGAGGAAUUGGCAGCGAACUAUCUAUUAGAGAACUCUGGAGAUUUUGAAGACUGA